AUGGCCCCCAAGCUCACCGGUUUCCCUGGUAACUCUCGAGUCCGCCGUGUCCUCGCUGCCGCCGCCCUCGCUGGUGUCGAGCUCGAGCACGACAAGUCCUGGUCUUUCCAGAACGACUGGAAGACUGAGGAGUUCCUUCAGAAGAACCCCUUUGGUUUCGUUCCCAUUCUUGAGCUCGAGGACGGUACCGUCAUCAGGGAGUCUAGCGCCAUCGCCGAGUACGUCGCCGAGAUCGGUGCCAACCAGACCCUCAUCCCCUCUGACCCCAAGGGCAAGGCCGUCGUCCACUCUUGGCAGGCUACCGCCGACCAGGAGAUCUUCAUCCCUUCCGGUGUCGCCAACGGUAUGCUCGCUGGUCGAAUUCCCUACCACAAGCCCAUCUUCCAGGCCAUCGUCGACAAGAUCACCGGCCGAAUCCAGGUGAUCAACGACAUUCUCCUCGACCAGACCUUCCUCGUUGGCGAGCGAAUCACCCUUGCCGAUAUCUUCAUCGUCACUGCUCUUACCAACAUCUUCACCUCUUGGUUUGAUGCCGCCGCCCGUGCUCAGGUCCCCAACGUUGUUCGAUACGUCAACACUGUUGUGAACCACCCCAAGCUCCAGGCCAUCUUCACUCCUCUCGAGUUCUCCGAGAAGGCUCCCGCUCCCCAGACCGCUUCCAAGCCCAAGGCUGACAAGCCCAAGGCCGAGAAGCCCAAGGCUGAGAAGGCCCCUAAGGCUCCCAAGGCCCCCAAGGCCAAGGAGCCCGAGGAGGAGGAAGAGGAGCCCCUUGUCCCCGCCGAGGUCAAGGUCAGGAACCCUCUCGACGACCUUCCAAAGUCUCCCUUCAACCUCGAAGACUGGAAGAGGGCCUACUCCAACCUCGACACCCGAGGACCCGGUGGAUCUCUCGAGUACUUCUACAAGAACUUUGAUCACGAGGGCUUCUCCAUCUGGAGGGUUGACUUCAAGUACAACGAGGAGUUGACCAUGCCGUUCAUGUCCAACAACCAGGUCGGUGGUUUCUUCAACCGUCUCGAGGCUUCCCGAAAGUACCUCUUCGGUUCCGUCGGUGUCCUUGGCAAGACCAACGACUCUGCCAUCGCUGGUGUUCUUGUCCUCCGAGGCCAAGACGCUGUGCCCGUGGUCAACGUCGCCCCCGACUGGGAGUCUUAUUCCUUCACCAAGAUGAACAUCGAGAACGCCGACGAGAAGGCCUUCUUCGAGGGUUCUAUGGCUUGGGACCUCGUUUUGGACGGUAGGGAGUGGGUCGACGGUAAGAACUUCAAGUAA